AUGAUGCGAUCAUCCAACUCCACUGCAACGGACAAGUGGGCUCUGUGGCGGGGAGACCCCGACACUACCUUUAGCGACUGGAAAAUCGUCGUCACAUCCUCAGAUGGCCCUGCGACGACCUACCAUUUGCACAAGAUGAUGCUGGGAUGCGGUCCCCGGAAGAGCAAGUACUUUUGCCACAUGAUUCGCAGCAGCUUUGAAGAAGGAGCCACUUGUACCAGUUGCAUCGAAUUGGAACCACCGGCAGCUCAAGUUUUUCCCGUGCUCCUCGAUUGUUACCUAUACAACCAACCCCUUUAG